GAAACUCCUGGAGCAGGGCAGACGCCUCCAGGACAGUGCUGUGUUCCUGCCAUUCACGGCCUCCCUAAGGUCAGCAAGCAAAUAUGGGAAACUGGCUGACUGGCUGGUCAUCUGAUGGAUCACCUGGCAGGUCACCUGGCUGGUCAUCUGGCGGGUCACCUGGCUGGUCAUCUGGCGGGUCACCUGGCUGGUCAUCUGGCGGGUCACCUGGCUGGUCAUGCUGCUGGUCAUCUGGCAUGCCCUCGGUGCCAGCACACAAGCUAGAAGAGUAUAUCCAGGCAAACCUCAAGCCCAACAUAGAAUGUCUGAAGAAGAUAGACCAGGCCGUGGACGCCAUCUCUGACAUCCUUCGGAACAGUGAGAUCCCUGUGGAGAGAGUGGCUAAGGGUGGCUCCUAUGGCCGGAAAACAGUCCUAAGAGGCUUCUCUGACGGUACCCUUGUUCUCUUCAUGGGUCAUUUCCACCGGUUCCAGGAUCAGACCAACCAACAAAUGCUCCUCAACAUGAUCGAACGAUGCCUGAAAAACCAUGAGAAAUACAAGAAUUCAGUAAACCGUGGGGACACCCUUCAAGUUUCAGUGUCCAUACAAGGCCAGAGCAUACUUUUGGAUUUGCAUUUGGCCUUUGAUCCUCUGCGUUUCAGUGUGAGUCCCAGCUCCUGGGUCUAUCGGGAUCUCAAAAAAUCCAUGGAUCAAGUCCGAGCAUCACCAGGGGAGUUCGCGGUCUGCUUCACCACACUGCAGGAGCAGUUCUUCAAGAAAUAUCCCAGCAAACUGAAGGAUUUGAUCCUUCUGGUCAAGCACUGGUAUCAGGAGUGCCAGAAGAAGUGGAUAGCAUCCCUGCCUCCAUCACUGCUGUAUGCACUGGAACUACUCACUGUGUACGCCUGGGAACAAGGCUGCCAAGCUGAAGACUUUGACAUCGCAGAAGGCGUCAGGACCGUGCUGCAGCUCAUCAGGCAGCCGACAAAGCUGUGUGUCUACUGGAUGGUCUAUUACAGCUUUGAGGAUGAGACGGUCCGGAACACCAUCCUGCACCAGCUCAAGUCCCAGAGGCCAGUCAUCUUGGAUCCAACUGACCCAACCAAUAAUGUGGGUAAAGAUGCCGAGUUCUGGGAGCUACUGAGAGAGGAGGCUGGUGCCUGGCUGUACUCUCCCAGCCUGAAUGAGGUGUCACCUGCACCGUGUUGGAAUGUUCUGCCUGUGUCACUCUUCGUCACCCCAAGCCACUUCUUGGACAAGUUCAUCAAAGAAUUCCUCCAGCCUAACAAAGACUUCCUAGAUCAGAUCAAAGGAGCCGUUGACGUCAUCUGUUCGUUCCUUAAAGAAAACUGCUUCCGACACUUAAACACCAUAAAGGUCUUAAAGGCUGUCAAGGGAGGAUCCACUGCCAAAGGCACAGCUCUGAAGAACGGCUCGGAUGCUGACAUCGUCCUGUUCCUCAGCUCGCUUGACAGUUAUGCCUCCCAAAAAACCAAGCGCUCCCUGUACGUCCAGGAGAUCCAGAAGCAGUUAGACGCCUGCCAGCAGGCCCAUGAGUGGGAGGUGAAGUUUGAAUCCUCAAAGUGGGAGGCCCCCAGGGUGCUGAGUUUUACUUUGAAAUCCAAGAAACUCAAUGAAAGUGUCGAAUUUGAUGUCCUUCCUGCCUAUGAUGCACUAGGUCAGCUUUAUUCUGGCUUCACCUCCAGGCCCAAAGCCUACAAGGAGCUCAUUGAGCUGUGUGCGUCACCAGACUUCCACGGAGGAGAGUUUUCAACCUGUUUUACAGAGCUACAGCGGAAAUUCAUUGAAACCCGGCCCAUCAAACUAAAGAGUCUGAUCCGCCUGGUCAAGCACUGGUACAAACAGUGUGAAAGGAAACUGAAGCCAAAAGCAUCUUUGCCCCCAAAGUAUGCCCUGGAGCUGCUCACCGUGUACGCCUGGGAGCAGGGCAGCGGCAUGGAUGACUUCGACACCGCCGAAGGCUUCCGGACCGUCCUGGACCUGGUCAUAAAAUACCAGCAGCUCUGCAUCUUCUGGACAGUCAACUACAACUUUGAGGAGGAGCCGAUUAGGACGUUCCUACUGACCCAGAUCCAAAAAAAGAGGCCUGUGAUCCUGGAUCCAGCAGAUCCCACAGGUGACGUGGGAGGAGGUGACCGCUGGUGUUGGAAUUGUCUAGCCAAAGAAGCGAAGAAGUGGCUGGCUUCCCUCUGUUUCGAACUGCCAAGCAGAGACUUUGGAGUCGGGCAAAGAGGCCUUGUACAGCCGUGGAAAGUGCCAGUAGUGCAGACCCCAAGAAGCUGUGGAGCUCAGAUCUACCCCACUGUGGGUGGGGUGUACUCAGCUUGAAUCCAUCCAGCUCUGGAAUGAAAAUGCUAGAAGCUUCUACAGUUGUCUGGCAAAGACAUGUCGGUCCUUGUUAUGAAAGGAAACCUGAGUCCAGUCCUCCCUGCCUGGCUCCCACCUCUCUGUCCUGCACUCCCAGGCUCUGUUUGAAAUCAAGACAUCCGAUCCCCCACCCCCACCCCCAUCU